UGUAAGAUGGACGAAUGGUCGUGUCGUUACGUACUCGCGAACUCCGCGUGUUCGAUGUAAUAUCGAUGUUUAUUGUUUUAAAAUUUUGACGUGAAAACGAAUAUUGAUAUUUCGAUUGUUCGACUACUUCGGUGUUCGGUUGCCGAAGUAGAUGUGUGUUAGUGCAUGUGUUUUUUAGACGAAGUUAACGCUCACUUCACUAGCAGUGAUUUUGCUGAUACCUCACCGGUGGGUGCGCGCGUGAUAAACUACGUGUUCGAUUUUUGAAAAAGGCGAUUAUCGUCUAGUGUGGGUGUUUUAUAGUACCACCAUGCUGUGUACGGUGACAUAGUGAACGUUGACUUGACCCUGACCUCUGUCAAACAUGUCUGGGCGAUCGGAUUGCAGGAAAUUUGCACCAAACAUCUUCAAUAAGAGCAAGUGCACCAAUUGCUUCCGACAGAAGGAGGAGCACAGUGCCGAAGCCUUGGAAUCUAAUCGGGCGAGUCGGAAGGUGUCCAAAUGCGGAUACCUAUUCGUGGCACCAGGCUGGGACUUCUCCAAUCCUCUCUACAGAACAAAGAGAUGGCAACGGAGAUGGUUCGUCCUAUACGACGAUGGAGAGCUCACCUACUCAUUGGACGAACAUCCGGACACAGUCCCUCAAGCCAGCGUGGACAUGACAACGGUCCUCGAGGUGAGCGAAGCAGACACCGUGACUGGUCAUCCGCACAGCUUGGCCAUCACUGCACCAGAACGCGUCACCUUCGUGAAGGGCACCUGCAGGGAGGAGGCCAGGUGGUGGUCUGAUGUACUGAGCGUAUACCCGAGGAGUAAGGGUCGCCAUAAGCGCAACGCUACGUUUCCUGGAGGGCAGACAGGGAGUUUACUGCAGUCAUCGACAGCUAGAAAAUACUCUGCAGAUGCGUCAACACUACGCGACGUGGCGGACGGCUGUGGGGCAGCCAGGCCGAGGUACUGCUCUGGCGGGACCACGACCUGGCCUGGACCGCGGGUCCAACCACCUCAGCCAGAGAUCCCGAGCUUGGCGGCGCCCACACCAAUCGACACCAAAGUAUACACAGACCAACCUGUAUCAUCAGCAUCUCCGCCGACCAGAGAUAAAAUCAACGGGGAAGAGAAGGCGAGAUCGAGACGGCGGGACACGUGGCCAGAACCUAACACUACUCCAUCUACUGAAGAAGCUGUCGGUGUGAGAUCUCCCUUACUGCAGCAUCAGCCCUACGACGAGCAACUCCGAGACAUCGCAGCCUCUCUAACGCGUCCACGAUCUCGCCGCGCGUUGCCUCCCACCCUGGAGAGACCGACGAGACUACCACCACCUGACCGUCUGCCGCCACGUGGUACUCCAGAUGGAGCCGUACCACCAGAAGAAGCAAGUUCGAGCUCGUCAAGUGAGGGUAGCGAACCCGCGGAUGUUGUAGAAACUACAGAAGGAGGAGAACAUAGAGUGGAACUACCCGCCGAAAGACUGCUGCAUGCGAGAGCUGGCUGGUUACAGCGGAGAGGGCCCGGAGGAUGGUCGCGCCACUGGUUCGUGUUGAGAGGAGCAGCUCUGCUUUACUUCAGAGAUCCCCAUGCAGAACAUCGAGGACUAAUGGACGGUGUUAUAGAUCUUAGUGGCGUAGAAAGAGUUGUUGAACUACCAACGACAGCAUCCACAGGAUAUGCUUUUGAAACCAAGACGUGGGACGGAAAACACAUAGUACUAUCCGCUGUGACAGCUGGCAUUCGGGCCAACUGGGUAUCUGCGAUUCGUAGGACAGCCGGCCUACCCGAUAGUGGGUCUCUAUCGUUGAUACUACGCGAAGAUACUAUUGAUCAAGCUUCAGAAUCAUCGACAUCACCGGUUACACCAGUGACGCCAAUUACCGGAAAAUCGGCUCCAUUCUCAUCAGAUGAAGAAUACAGAACAGCUUCUGAAGGUGGUCGUCGAGACAGUGCCGACUGGGGUGAUGUUGCGCCGCAACCACCUCCAUCGCCUAUUCUAAAUCGUACUCCAAUAUCAAAAGUCAAAGAUAAGGUACGUGCUAGAACUAGUAAUUCGAUUACAAGAUCAGAUAGUAAGGGAGAAAGGGAUGAAAUAGAUGCUACCAAAGAAAAAGAGCGUUCAUCAGAGGAAAUUGAUGACAACGAGAAGCCGAAUGAACCACGGAAACGCAGCUACAUAUCAACUAUCGAUAAACAAUCCAUUGAAAUCGACGACUUACGAAAACAACUUCAAGUAGCUCUAAAUGAUGUUAAUUCUGCAGAAUCAGAACUUGCUCGAUUACGAAAGCUUAAAUCUGAUGCUACUCUAAGAGAGAGAAAAAUGGAAGAACUGGUAAUAACUCUCCAAAAGAAAGAAGAGGAAUUAUCAAUAAGAACGAAAGAAGCUGAAAGUCUGGACACUAUAAAGCAACUUUACAACCAAGAUAAAACUAUGUGGGAGACAAAGCUAACAGAAACACAAAACUUUUUGAAAGAAUCGACAGAGCACUGUGAAUUAUUGACUCGACAGUUAACAUCGGCACAAGAUACUAUUAAACAACUCCAAUCAGAACUGAAUGACCUUAGCGAUAAACUACUGAAAAGUGUUAAGGAUAACGACAAUUUAUAUGAGAGAAUUCGAGAUUUAGAAGGACGAGUGGUAGUUGAGUCCCCGACCAAAGAAAAAAGAAAGAGCAUAAGUUCUCUCAGCGAGCUCAGUAAUUUAAAUGAUGAAAUAAAUUUGGAAUCUUUAGAAAAGAACAAACUAAUAGAGGAGUAUGUUGAAUUACGGGGGCGGUUUAUGAAAGCCAUACAGGAAAUUAAAACAAUGAAAAAAGAACUUCGUGAUUCACAUAACAUGUAUGAUGAACUCGAAAUAACAAAUAUGAAGUUGAGGAAUGAAAUGAAACUGAGGGAACAAUGUACAAGGUCAGAAAUAGACCUAAUGGCUGCACGCAUAUUAGACCUUACGCAAAAAUUAACGGCAUCAGAUAAACAAGUGCGAACUUUGAAGUAUAAAAUACAGAAAUCAGAAUCCAGAGAAAAAAGACGUAGUUUAUCACUCAAGGGAAGAGAAUCGUUUACACUCGGAAAAGAGGUAGAAGAAAAAUUGACAGAACUGGAAAAUAAAAUCACUAUGUUAGAAUCUGGAGAACAAGUUCCCACCAUUAACUCACCUUCAAAAAGUAUGUCACCUGCCAAAGAUAGAACUAAAACAGAUACCUUAGCAGAAGAAAAACGAAUGAAAAGAUUAGCCGCUAGACUCAGAAGAAAAUCUUUGGACAGCGCUACCAGUUCAGAACCUAUGAAAAUGCUAGUACGUUUAAGUUCGCUAGAAACCAAAGUUGCAUCUGCAUUAGAAAAUCGUCGUGACCUCACGAAUUCGUGUGAAUCUCUGAGUCAAGCGACGAGAUCAAUUGAAAGUCCCAAUUUUAAUGAGAGUUUAGAAAAUUCUACUGUCGGUACACAGUCACAAAGGCAUCUUUUGGACAGGUUACAAAGUCUUGAAAGUGUAGUGAUACAUUCAAGAAAUAAGGUAAACGAAUGUUUAUGCCAAAUGAGCGCUAUGCGAGCAGCCAAAUCGAGGAGAUCUCCGUCCCCUAGUCUAGAGAAGAAAUACAGCAUUCGAUCAAUGGAAAAAUGUUUGUCUGAUGUCAGCAAAAGAUUGCAAGAGUGCUUUGAUAAAUGUGUCGUCGAUGGCGAUCAAAAUCAUGAACACGAAAUAAAUGACAGCGUAACACAAGUGGUCGUUCAGUUAGAGGAGCAGCUAAGAACUAAACUCCUAGAAAUGUCACAGAAAAAGGCAGCACUGUACGAAUCUGGCGAACUAACGCAACGACGAAGCUUGGAAAUUUUAGCAGAGAAGCUCGCAUAUGAGGCGGUUCUGGUCAGCAGAAUUCAGGAAGCCCUGGAGGCCUCCAACGGUAGCAGAUUCUUUGCUAGAUUAAUAAAGUCUGAAAUAACCGAAACUAGUCAAUUAAUCGAUAAUCUUAAGUGUAAGAUAAACGGCGACGGCCAUAAAAAUAUAGCUGGCACUAGGAGCUCGCUGGACUAUCUCGCUAGGAUACUAUCGCGAAAGAUCGACAUAAUGAACGGUACCAGGGAGUCGAGAGGGCUCAGGGAGUCCGAGCUGAUACUGCAGAGCGCGGACCUCGAGGCCCUCAAGGCGUCGCAGAAGGAAGUCGCCGAAGCCGUCGACAGGUACAAAACGGAAAAACUGGCGGAGCUGUGCUCGGCACUCGCGUGCGAGACGCUGAGCUACGCGGCCCCGAGCGACGCGGACUUCGAGCAGCAGCGCGCCAACGUGGAGGCGGCGCGGGUGCGUGAAGCGUGGGCGGCGGCGCGUGACGCGCUGGGCGCCUCGCUGGUGCAGGCCGAGGUGGCGCGAGCACUCGCCCGCGCCGCUUCCCUUUGCGAGCGACGGCUUGACGGAGCGCGCGCCGGACGCCUCACGCUCACUGCGCAGGACCGCGCCGACCUCGAGCUGUGGUGGCAGGCGGCGCACGACCACCUGCGCUGCGAGAUGGACGCCGCCGUGCGCGAUAUCGCCGCGCGCUACCGCGAGUGCCUCGCCGGCGACCGCCGCAAGGAGGGCUCGCCCGGCCUCGACAGCCGCGCGCUGCUGCACCAGCUCGCCGACGUGCUCGCGCAGAAGGCGUCUAUCGACGCGCGCAUCGCCGUAGUCGAGGGCACCUACCGCGCUUCGACACCGCGCGAAGCCGACGGCUCGCGUCGAUCCGCCGAGGACGCCAUCUCCUCGCUGGAAACGGACCCCGCUCAGGAGGCGGAGUUCGUCUACCUCUUCCAGCGCUUCUCCAACGAGUGCCGAGCGCUCUUCUCCAGUGACUGUUCGGGUAACAGUGAAGACUCGAUGAAGAUCGGCGAGAGCCUCGAGAUGGUGGAGGCGGCAGUGGCGGCGGUGCAGCGGCAGCUGGCGGGCGGCGCCGCGGAGGAGGAGGCGGCGGAGCCGGCGGCCGAGGCUCCGCCGCGGUCCGUGCUGGACCGUGUCGAGUCGCUGCGGCGGCGCGUGGAAGCUCUGCAAGCGCUGGUGCCCUGCCAGCACUGUAAGCAGCUACAGGACGCGCUGGACAGGCUCGGGGCGGAACGCGCGCGUGGUGAGUGCGCACUGGCGAGACAGGCAGGAGCACUGGCGGCGGCGAGACGUGCGCGCACGCAGCUACAGGCGCAGCACGAGCGAGAACGAGCCGCGCUUCGAGAGCGCGCGCGCACGCUACAGCGCCGCCUCGCCGCGCUCGACUCCGAGUACUCCGCGCAGCUCGACAACCUGCGCGCCGCCUACCAGAGUGCGGUGGCGGCGGACACUCACGGCGACGGUCUGCGCGCGCGCUACCAACAGGAGAUCGAGCAGCUGCGCGCACUCUGCGAGAAGGGGCUGCUGGCCAUGGAGAGCUCGCACCGCCGCAUCGUGCGCGAGAUGGAGGAGAAACACCGCGCCGAGCGGGAACAGCUGCGGCUGGACAAAGAGCAAGCGCUAGCGGAGGAGACACGUGCUACGUUGGCAGCGCUGGACGCGAUGCGGAAGGCGCACGAAAGCGAAGUUCGCCGCGAGGUGGACAAGUUCAAGACAGAGUUCCUCAGCCGGGGCGCGCACUGGACGCGAUGCGGAAGGCGCACGCCUUUCUCUUUUUCUCACAGGCAAGAAAUGGAAGAGAUAAAGCGCGAGAUCCUGUCUCUGUCCGAGAAGUACUCUGUUAAAUGCGUGGAGUCUGCGGCGCUGGAGGAGCGCCUCGCGACCGCCACCGCUCAGCUAGCACACGCGCACAACCAUAUCAUGCAGCUCGACGCCAGGAACAAACAACUGCGCGCACAUUUGAUAUCUGAAGCGAACGACUUGAAAAACAGCGAAGCGUCCACUCUCUCGCAACUCAUCGAGGACACUGCGCCGCAUGGGAGGGCGGAGGGCCCACUGUGGACGCACAUGCAGCACCUGGCGGAAGUGUGGCAGCGCAGCAUUCCUUCAGGGGAAAUCGUCGAGAUCGAGCCCGCUAUUGGAGGCUGCGAGGCCGUCGCGCCCGCCCAAGAUACAGUUCGCGAAGACAGAAAGCACCAGAAAUCUGCAGCUGUCGCCCGUUCAGAACUAAAGACAUCGAAACGCCGCUCAGUCACUGGAAAAGCGUCCUUAGGGCCGCUCGCAGGAAUGGUCGCCGAGCGGAAGAAGCGCUUCGAGUUAUGAGCGACGAUCACUCGCCGCGCGUUCCGUUUCACGUUGAAAUCGCUCACGUCAUGCCUAGUGUUUAAGCGUAGAAAUGAUCGCGCUUCAGUACGUUACACCCACCAUGCUAGCACCUGGCCACUUAGCUUGUUGACAUAUUCGACAAUUAACUAAUUAUUUCAUAACAAUAUUUAAUACUAUGUAAGACUGUAAUGUAUUUAUAUCAUAUUACAUGUAUAAUGUAACGUAACCAUCAUAUUUACAAUGUAACGUUUAUUAUGUAAUACAGAAUAGGUAUGAAAUGGUCAUUCAUUAGUUAUUGAAUUCACAACUGCAUGGAAACCCAUUUUCAUUAUUUAGUAUUAGUAAAAAGGCAUUACACUAUCAUUAUUAAGGAUAUAUCAUGUGUCGUCUUUGACACGUAUUCAGAAGAUAUUUAAAUGAUAUAUGCUUGUGUAUGAUAGUGUAAUAGCCUCCUAACACUGACUUAAUCCCUAAUGAGAUUAGUAGAUUUAAAACAUAAAGAUAUAUAAAGAAGACAAUAUAAAUGACUGAAGAUCAUUAGUAAAGGAGCAAUAAAUUAUUAGUUUUAGAUUGUAUCGAUAUUAUAUAUUUAGAUGUUAUUAGAUAUCCUAAGACCAAAUAUAUUUUCCUCUAUACGCAGUGGCCAGACCCUAACUCCUCCCACCACACAAAUUGUAAAUAACUAUACGCCUUGUUUUUUUUUGUACGUGAUUUUAAUUUAGAUUGUAUAUUUACACUGUAAACACUUUCCUAUUUAAAUUCUUCUCCUUAAACCUUAUUUAAGACUAUUUUCACUAAUUUCCUAAGGUAGCUUUAGAGAAUUCGGUUAGUGAUGUGAUUUAAACUGUAACCUUGUAUAUACUAACGUCUAUAUUGUGUUUUUCAUUUGUUUUCUAGUGCACAGUGUCUAUAAUUGCUAAACUUUAAGGAAUUGUUACCAAAUAUGAUCCAUAUUUAUGACAAUACUUCGUAUUAGGGUGUUGUACGGAUUUGCCACGGUUCAAGGGUGAUUUAUGUUGAGACAAAUCAAAUUUUCAAAAAUGUAUUGCUAAUGUUUGCACUCUACAUGAAUAAUUCUCACCGCGGCAUAACCGAAGACAGAGCAACGUGUUUGUUUAAAUUUCUUUUAUGUAGAUUUGUAAUUUGAAUAGUUUAUGGACAUGGGAGAUAUUGUAAUAGAGUGUUAUGUGGUUUUUGCACGAUUUUUUUUCUCGUGUUCCUUAAUAUCACGUUCCUAGACGCUAACUCUGAUAUAUGGAAAGCUGCACAGACCGACCGAGCAUAUGAAAUGUAAUUUAAUGUAAUAUGAACUUUAUUCUCCACAUUUCGCCUCUCAUCUGAGCCGUUGUGCGGACGAAGUAUAUACGAAUAGCAUGUUCACAUAUAAACAGAGUGGGACGUUAUAUUAUGACGCGUUUAUUUAUAGCAUAUAUUGUUUUAUUAACACAAUAUUUAGUAUGUUGAAGUUUGACAUUUUCAGUUUAUCACUGAGACAUAACCCUCACGUUGUUACCAUGUUCUAUUGGGCAUUCUGAACCUGUCUUCCGUAUCGUUUUGACACUUUGUUAUGUAUAGAUCACUGUAGUUAUUGUAUUUCGGAGCCACGUGUGACCAGGGCCGGUUUAACCGUGUCGGGACCC